AUGUUUGUGUUUUUGGUUUAUUUUUUCGUGUAUUGUUUUUCUUUUGUAAUUAACAAAUAAUAAAUAAUAAUUAAUAAAAUGAAUCGAGUUCUAUCGGUGGUGUAAUAUUAUUAUCAGUGUAAUGAAAAGUAUUUAAUAGUCUAUAAAAUCAUGGAUUUUAAAAGUAUAUGCAGAAUUUGCUUACAAUCAUCCAAGCUAACUUUCGAUAUCUAUACAAAUUUUUACGCUAAAAGAAAUAUUUUAUACUGCGAUAUGUUAUCGAAUUGUACUACACUAAAGCCUGUAAAAGAAGAUGGUCUGCCGCGUCUCAUCUGUAAAGAUUGCAGUCGUGCACUCAAAAGAACAUACACAUUCAACAUACAAUGUACAGAAAAUGACCAAAGAUUGAGGCAUUAUUUAGAGAAUUCAGUUGUACCCAAAACAGAAGAUUCUCAUGUAGUGAAUGUUGAGGUGAAGAGUGAGCAGCUGGAGGAGCAGUUGGAGCUGAUGUUGAAGGAGAACAAGGUGUUCGACAAUGGUGUCAAAUCUGAGCCUGAAAAUGCAGAUGGUGACAGUUGGGAUGCAGAUGAUGACAAUGUAGCUCUAGGAGAGAUCAAACUCAAAAAAACAUUAAAAGAAUCAAAUCACAUAACAAAUGGGAAAGACAACAAACUUUGGGAACCUGGAAAAGACUUUGAUGAGUUACUAUAUGAAGAAAUUACACCAAAUAAAUCUGCUAAUGCUCAAAUAGAGAAUGGAGACAAAUUGCAGAGAAAAAGAGGAAGGAGAAAAAAAGAUACAGGCAUAUCGACACCGGUUCAGCUGCACAGCUCCGAGCCCGCGCCCGCGCCCGCGCCCGCGCCGGACAGCCGCAUGCCGAGCCAGUGCGACGUCUGCGGCAAGAUCAUCAGCACCAAGAGCAACCUGAAGGCGCACAAAAUCUGCCACACCGACAGCCGGCCCUACAAGUGCUCCUUGUGUCCCGCCGCCUUCAAAGGCCACAGCGCGCUGUUCCAGCACAAGCGCGUGCACUCGGGCGAGACGCCCUACCACUGCGAGUACUGCCCCAAGCAGUUCAGCCGCCGCGCCGGCCUCGUCAACCACAUCCGCGCGCACACCGGAGAGAAGCUGUUCAGCUGCACGAUCUGUUGCAAGGACUUCGUGCAGAAGACGCAGCUAUCCAUCCACAUGAAGAGGCACAAGGGAGACAAGACCUACCUGUGCCAGGUGUGCGGCAAGGGGUUCCCGAUCCAGUCGGACCUGCGCGUGCACCAGCGCACGCACAACGGCGAGAAGCCCUACGCCUGCCACCUGUGCGACAAGACCUUCGCCACGUCCGGCAACCUGUCCAUCCACGUGCGGAUACACAACAAGGAAGUCAGAUACAAGUGUAAGGAGUGCGACCGCGGCUUCGUCACGUGCAGCUCGUACAACGUGCACCUCAAGCGGCACAAGGGCCAGCGCGACUACCUGUGCGAGUGCGGCAAGACCUUCUACACCUCCUCCGCUCUCAAGCAGCACAAAGUGGUGCACACGGGCGUGAAGAAGUACCAGUGCCUGGUGUGCGAGCGCAAGUUCUCGCAGACCAGCCACCUCAGCCGCCACUACCGCAAGGAGCACGCCGCGCCCGACGCGCCGCUGCCGCCCGCCGCGCUCUACCGCCGCCUGCUGCCCGACGACGCCGCCCUGCCGCACAAGCGCGCGCCCAGCGUCAAGUUCGAGGCCUCCUAGUGCACUGUGUGGUGAUCAGUGCACCUGACGUGUCGACGUGUAAUCUCUAAUACUCAAUGUUACAAACAAAUCCCUACUUCUGGAACAGUACCUGAGUGUAAACGAGUCACUAAAAGGAUUUUCUUUAAUCACAAAAGAUGUUUCAACAGAUACACAUAAUUAUUAUGGAAAACUGUAAGUGUUAAGAGUGGAAUAGACAAUGUUACUUGCAUUGUUGCAAGAAAUCUGAUAUUAUUUCUAUUUAUUUAUUUAUUUCUUAAGAGCACUUUGAUAUUAUUAAUAAACAGUUUUUUUAAAUAA